CUCCCCACAAAUAAAAACUCUCCCCCCACCGCCGCCCUUUUUUGUCUGAGCCUCAAAUCAUUUUUUUUUUUUUCUUUUUCUUUUUCUCUUACGGUUUUAAAAAUGAGCAUGGAGUACAUGGACAUUGACGGUCCCGAAUUCUUAUCUAGUGUUAAUCAAGAGAUUGCAUCUAUACGUGCCAACAGAACAAACGAUACAGCAUAUCAACAUCAUCUUUCCGAGUCUACACAAACAGAACCUUACGCAGUAUACAAUGAAAUUUGUGUUUUGGACACCAAUUUCCUCAUUUCUAAACUAGGCUAUUUAGACACUGUCUUAUCCAUCGCAGAACAGCAUCCAGGUAGCUUACUUGUCAUUCUGCCCUGGGUCGUCAUUCGAGAACUUGACGGUCUCAAAUCAUCAAGGCAUGGCGGUGUAGAGGAGGACGAAAUAUGUGGUCGAGCAAGAAGAGCCAUGCGUUUCAUUGAACACAAACUACGAGAUAAGUGUCCCUCACUACGAGGCCAAAAAAUGAAGGAAAUAUUGGACCCACACAUGGCCAAAACAAAUCAAAAAGGCGAUGAUCGAAUAUUGGACUGUUGCAUGUAUUUUCAUCACCACACAAAAGCAAAAGUCACUUUACUCUCCAAUGAUCGAAAUCUCUGUAUUAAAGUCAUGGUGCAUGACAUUGAUUCUAUUUCCGCUGAAUCUGUGCCUAAAAUGGAAGCCUUACUCAACAGAAUCGUUAGUACAAAAGUGACGGAAGACUAUGUCAUGGAGAUUGAUGAAUUUUACCCUCCAAUACAACAGCCAGAGGAAGACUAUGACAUGAUGUUGGAUGAUGAUCAUCACGAUAUACUUUUCUUGGAAGGAGGAGGAGGAUCAGAACAAAGUCGAUGGGCUAAAGAACCUACAGCUAGGAAAUCGUCUUUUAAAAAACUACCAGAUCCGCCUGCUUAUCUAGACAACGAUCCAACCCUUGUUGCACCUAAAAAACCACCUCAGAACACCACUUAUUCUAAUAGUAAUUUCCUACCCAUUCAUAAAGAUGCUUCAUGGACAUCUAUUUAUUCUCCCAAAUAAAAUUAAUAAUAAAACAUGUUUUAAUACAAAAAAAAAAAAAAAAAAAAAAGUUAGGCGAGAGAGAGAGAGAGAGAGAGCGAGAAAAAGGGGUAUGCGGGUGUCUUAUAUAAUUAGACUUCCAUGGUAGG